AUGUUCUCCCGCCCAUUAUUCUCAGCGACCCUGCGACAAGCCGCUCGACCCAUCGCCCGGCCGGUGAUUUGCAGUCGACCAACACCCUUCCUCACAACCUUCCAGCAGCGACUGCUCUCCGACCACACGCGGCAAGCGAUCCAGAAGGCCGUUUCCUCAGCUCCCGUUGUGUUGUUUAUGAAGGAUCCUCGGUUUACAAGGCGUCGAUCCCAACCCAACAAGUUCGCCGCAUUCAACGUAUUAGAGGACCAAGAGCUCCGAUCAGGUAUCAAAGAAUUCUCGGAUUGGCCCACAAUCCCGCAGCUCUACAUCGACAAGGAAUUUGUCGGUGGAUGCGACAUCCUCGUAUCGAUGCACCAGGAUGGUUCGCUAGCCAAGAUGCUCGAGGAGAAGGGCGUCCUAGCCCCCCUCGACGGCACGUCCGAGUCUAAGGAAUAG